AUGGCCCACAAACGCAAGCGCUCCGACUCCUCCUUCUCGCCGGAGAGCAACUCCAGCUUCUCCCGCUCCUCGGUCAGCCCGACCCCUGCGGGCGCCAUGGACCUCGACACGCCCACCCAGGCACACCCGCUGCCCGCCCACGCCUGGGGCUACAGCCAGGCAAACGACAGCGGACGGACGAGGAAGAGGUGGAGGGACAACCGCCCGAACGAGCAUGCUAUCCACGAAUCCACCCUGAAGCGGCUGUACAAUGCCCAGCGCGAGCACCCCAACGUCGCGCCCGUCUCGUCUCACGCCGCAAACUCGGCCCUCCACCACCACCCCGCGCAACGCUCCACCCUCCACCAGUUCUGGUCCAUAUCGCAACCGCCCAACCACCCCGUUUCCGCGCCCCCGCCCGUGGCGCCCGAGGACAGCCGUCCGCGCUGCGACGACUGCGACGCCCUGCUUAGGGGAAACGAGGGCAUGGACAUCGACAUGGACGGCCUGAACGCCGGCGAGGAGUUUGGGUGCCAGCAUUGUAGAAGGGCUGUCUGCGGCACCUGUUCCGUCCAGGGCGAUGUUAGGAGCUGUUUGAACUGCGCCGGAGUGUGGCAUUGA